AGGCCUGUGCGUCGGAUGUGGUUCCCAUGGUUUGCGUCUGUUCCAGGGAUCGGACGAUACAUCGCACAGGACCUGGCCCAGAGGAACGCGCGAGUGAUCCUUGCCUGUCGCAGCGAGGAGCGGGGGCGGAGAGCGGAGCGGGAGAUCCGGCAGAGGACAGGGAAUGGGAACGUUCACCUCCGCAUCCUGGACACCAGCUCCAUGGAGUCGGUGCGGAAGUUCGCAGAGCGGAUCCGACAGGAGGAGAAGCAGCUCCACAUCCUGGUCAAUAAUGCAGGAGCCUCGGGCCUGAGGCCCAGCGUCACCCCCGAGGGUCUGGAGCUGACGUUCGCCACCAACCACCUGGGCCCGUUCCUGCUGACCAACCUGCUGCUCGGUCUGCUGAAGGAGUCUGCGAGUGCUCGGGUUAUCAACGUCUCAUCCAUGAACCACCGACGCGGGCAGAUGGUGCUGAGGCAGCUGCAGGGCGAGGAUCUGGGCAACCCCCAGCAAGACCAGUUGUACAACAACAGCAAACUGAUGAACAUCCUCUUCACCCGGCAACUGUCCUGCCAGCUCCGGCACACAGGGGUGACGGUGAAUGCAGUCCACCCCGGGGUGGUGAUGACGGAGGCCAUGAGAUACUACGGUCUGCAUAUGAGGAUCAUCUUCAACCUAAUCGGAUUCUUCUUCUUCAAGGUGAGAGGCUGGGAGAGGUUCCCAGUGGAGCUUGCUCCGGGGCCUGUGGAUCCCUGCUGUCUGAAGUCAACAGCAGAAGAGCUUUCAUUCUGUGUGGACUUUCACCUCCGCAGGAAUCCGGUCACGUUCUGCCUGUGACCCCGCGGGUGUUCAGUUUCC